GUGUGACAGAAUUCAAAAAUAUCUAGUUAAAACGCAAAUAUUUACUUGAUCGAAAUUUUUAAACUUAUAAAUGUUGGUUGCACUGUUAUAUUUGUUUAUAAAACGUAACAGAAAUAGAAACAAUCAUUUAGUAUAACAUUGCUUAACAGUUAUUGAGUUUAUAAAUGGAAGAUAGACAAGAAGUGAUUCGUGGAAACCAUCGUAUAGGUUUUAUUUGGAGAGAUUUUCGAGAUUAUACAUCACUCCAUGGAAUCCAUUAUGUGAGAAGGAAUAGUACAUAUAGAUGUCGAUGGUUGGUAUGGACAGUAAGUAUCCUUGUAGUGGUGAGUUUUAUCUGUGUAAAUGUGUUCCGGUUACACAGGAAAAGCAUGAAUUAUUCAACAAAGACUUCCAAUAAGAUAGUCAUGGUUACAAGUGUUCCAUUUCCUGCUGUAACGAUAUGCAAUAUAUCUGAAAACCAACUACAAGACAUACAAGUAGAUGAUGUGAAUGACUUGGACGAUCAUCAACAUCUCGAUGAACAUCCAGUUAUUGAAAAUAAUAAUUCGUAUUUUUUGAAUUCAUCGGACUACUAUAAAGAUGAUACAGACCAUUUGAACAAUUAUUCUUUAUCAGAUUUUUUUACAUUUUGCUCUCAGAACAGAAAAGUGAUACUAUGUGAAGACUAUAUUGUCAGAAAGACGACACAAUUAGGACUUUGUUAUACAUUCAACAGUUAUGAAUAUUCUCAAAAUGAAGGACAAAUGUAUGUCCAAACCACUGGCACACAAACAGCAUUGACUUUUAAUAUGAAAUUAAACCAGCACCAUUCAGACCAAGGAGUUGGGAUUAGAAUAGUACUGCACGAGCCUGGUGAGGAACCGGAUGUUCUAAAUAAAGGUUUUAACAUAGCAGAAGGAUUUUCAUCUUACGUAUCAAUGAGCAUGACAAAGUAUGAAUAUUUACCGUCACCUUAUAGCAUAAGUGAUAACCAGCAUUGUAUCAUCACUAAUACACCAGACUUUGUCAGUCCUCUGCAGUUUUAUCCCAAAUACAGCUAUAGUGCAUGUCUAAUGGAAUGUAGAAGGAAUUUUAUUAUACAAAUAUGUGCGUGUAAAAGUGUCUUUGAUCCAGGAAGCGAAUCAGUUUGUACAACUCCAACGUCAAUUGGCUGUUAUAGUCAAGCAAGUCUCGAUUUUGAUAUUCACUACAAAACAACAAAACAAUGCAACUGUCAGCAAUCAUGUGAGUUUGUAGAAUAUCAGUACAGCAUAUCAUCUGCUAUAAGUCCCGCCAAGAUAUACUUACCAUAUUUAAAACCAAUAUAUCAGGAUAAAAAUUUUACUGGAAAGAACUGCCUUGAGGUAAGACUUUUCUUUGACUCUUUGAGCUACACCUUAGCGGAAUCGAUUCCAGAAUAUUCAAGGAUUGAUUUUAUUGGAAUACUUGGUGGUAUGAUGGCUUUAUUUUUAGGUGCUAGUUUGUUAACUUUGGCAGAAGUAGCUGAACUGAUAUUAAUGUGUUUUGUCAUUGGGUUAAAGAACUCUGUCAAAUAUAUCAAAGGAAAAAUAAUUGAUAGUCGCUAA